AUGGCAGACCAGUAUAAUCCUAAAUUCGGCCUGCCACCGGGGACUGCGAUUGAUGGAGCACCACGCAUCAAAGCAAUAUAUCUUCAUCCUAUCAAGUCGUGCGGGCCUGUCGAGGUAGAUCGGGCCUUGCUCACCAAGUCUGGUUUUAUGUAUGAUAGAUGCUUCGCAUUUGCGACGAAAUCUGUCAAGGGCGACGAUACCGCGGCCUCAAAAUGGCGAUUUAUCAGCCAGCGCAAGAAUCCAGUCAUGUCUCGGAUCAAAACAGAGUUAUGGCUUCCGCACAACUACAGCAAUUUACAUGACCCGCUCGUGCAGGCAGGUGGAUGUGUGGUCAUGACAUUCGAAGACCCAGACCUACCGAGUUGGACCAGUCGGGUUGAGACAUUUUUCCAUACAAGAAAUCUCUCCGCACCAUCACAGCUAUCCUUUAUUGUCCCUCUCGAUGUUACCGCCGCUCAGGCAAAGUUGAAAACAUUCGGCAUCCACAGUCGUGAUGCAAGGGGCCUCGACAUUGGCGGGAUACCAUCCGUUGCAACAGCUUUGCCCAAGCUAAAGAAGUUCUUGGGAAUACCGGCAGACCAAAUCCUCACGCUUUUCAAAUGUACUCCGGAUACCUUGACCCGUACGGAUAAGAACCUUGCGCCACUUGAACACAUUGGUUCGCCGGCCCUGCAUGGCUACACGGAUCAACAGCCUGUCAACAUCAACAGUUUGUCCUCGGUCCAUGCUGUGUCCGCGCUCCUUCCCACUGAAAACCAGCCUCUGAAUGCACUUCGUUUCCGUGCGAACAUAUGGAUUAUAAAUGCUCCAGCAUAUGAAGAAGAAACAUGGAAACGCUACCGCAUCCUGCCAAAGAGUAACGGUACGCAGCCACGAGCUAGUGUUGCGCCUGCACUCUCUGUUGUUUGUCGCACAUCUCGAUGCACAAUGCCUAACGUCAACCCGGAGACUGGAAGCUUUGACGCGGAUACCCCUCCUCCUGGUAGAAAAAGAGGCAAAGCACAGCCAAGCACAACCUUGGUGCAGUACCGAACGGUCGAGACGGGAAACAAAGCGGCACUCGGCUAUCUAGGCAUGCAUUGUGUUCCUGAGGAUGGGAGCUUGAAGAGCGCUGAAGAGCAGGGAGCAGGGUUAUAUAUAGAAGUUGGGGACGAAAUUGAGGUACUUGAACGAGGGACACAUCUCUAUGGGUCGACGGGCGACGACUAUUAG